GCGCCGGUGGCUCCCCGCGUUCCUGGCUCUGGGCUGGUGGGCGCCCCACGCCAUGUUCUCGGUGCUCUCCUAUGGCAGGCUGGUGGCCCGGGCAGUCCUGGGCGGCCUCUCGCAGACGGACUCCCGUGACUACAGCUUGGUGACAGCCAGCUGUGGCUUUGGCAAAGAUUUCCGCAAGGGCAUCCUCAAGAAAGGCAUGUGCUACGGGGAUGACGCCUGCUUCGUGGCCCGGCACCGGUCGGCAGAUGUGCUGGGGGUAGCAGAUGGUGUAGGUGGCUGGAGAGACUAUGGGGUUGACCCUUCUCAGUUCUCAGGGACUCUAAUGCGAACAUGUGAACGUUUAGUAAAAGAAGGACGGUUUGUACCAAGUAAUCCUGUUGGGAUUCUCACCGCAGGUUAUUGUGAGCUGCUGCAGAACAAAGUACCUUUGCUUGGAAGCAGUACAGCUUGUAUAGUAGUUCUGGACAGAACAAGUCAUCGUUUACAUACAGCCAACUUGGGAGAUUCUGGAUUUUUGGUAGUCAGAGGAGGAGAAGUAGUACAUCGAUCUGAUGAGCAGCAGCAUUACUUCAACACUCCGUUCCAACUGUCAAUAGCUCCACCAGAAGCAGAAGGAGUUGUCUUAAGCGACAGCCCUGAUGCUGCGGAUAGUACUUCUUUUGAUGUCCAACUUGGAGACAUUAUUUUGACUGCAACAGAUGGACUGUUUGACAACAUGCCUGACUACAUGAUUCUGCAGGAGUUAAAAAAGCUGAAGAACUCCAACUAUGAGAGUAUACAGCAGACUGCAAGAAGCAUUGCUGAGCAAGCUCACGAGCUGGCAUAUGAUCCCACUUACAUGUCGCCGUUUGCACAGUUUGCAUGUGACAAUGGAUUGAAUGUGAGAGGGGGAAAACCAGAUGACAUCACCGUCCUUCUUUCUAUUGUAGCCGAGUACACAGACUGACCUGCCCGGAGCGUCGGCUUCUGACGUUUUCGUUAUCCCCGAGCUCCUAGCUUCACCCGUACGGUUUCCUGCUGGCAGGAUUGCUUUCUUCCUUCGCAGCUGAUCUCAGCAGCUGGUUCUCGAGCUCGUUGCCUGUCUUGAGACGCAACUGAAGUCCUUGUUAAGAACCACUCUCGUAGUACACUGGUCUUUGUCUGCCAGCAAGAAAUGAAGAAGCUCAAGGCUUGAAGCAUGUCUUUCGGAGCUUAGUCGUUGUCCUUAAAAGGGGGAGGAUCAACCCCGCGUCGUUCCUGCGUUCGAAAUGUGACUUACUUUCAAAGGAGUAGAAUUGGUUUAUCAUCUUUCAAACUAGAUUCAGUAGCUAAAACCUCUACAAGAGGGCAUAUUACUCUAUUUGCUAGAAACGUUCACUAUUCAUUAAAGGGUAUGUUACAGAACACAGUUUCAUAAGCAUAGUCUUGUUACAGUGAUAGCUGAGGUUUCGUGUUUCUAAGCUCCAGUUUUCAGGAGAUUUCUAACUGCUGUAAACAUUCUGCUCUUGCCAUACGUGGUGUCAGCCUAGGAGCCUUUUCUAGUACAAAAUUUCAAAAAAAACCCCCCGUACUUAGUUCAAGUUAUAUGGAUGCAAAUGUGUUUUGUGGUUUCAGGUGCUUAACUGUGAUCUUAAAAAGUUCUGCAGAUCAUUCGUCCAUAAUGGGCCUGGUAUCUGGAUGUUUUGGCUG